UCCCGCUUUCUCAGGGCUUGCGGGGGACUUCCGGUUACUUAGCUUCUGCUGGAGGCUGCGCGUUCUGUCCGGGACUCCGCGUGUGCCCCCGAGCGCAGGGUCCUGGGCCGGCAGCAAGUGGGCUACAUGUCGUCCCCGCAGGCCCUAGAGGACGAACAGGGCGGCGGCGAUCCACCCAGGGACCUCCGCAGCGUCCUGGUCACCAGCGUGCUCAACCUCGAGCUGCUGGACGAGGAUCUCUUCAGAGGAAGGCAUUACUGGGUACCCUCAACCCAGCGGCUGUUUGGGGGUCAGAUCGUGGGCCAGGCUUUGGUGGCUGCAGCCAAGUCUGUGAGUGAAGAUGUCCACGUGCAUUCCCUGCACUGUUACUUUGUUCGGAAAGGGGACCCGAAGGUGCCGGUGCUGUACCAGGUGGAACGGACACGAACAGGGGUGAGCUUCUCCGUGCGCUCCGUGAAGGCUGUGCAACACGGCAGGCCCAUCUUCAUCUGCCAGGUCUCCUUCCAGAAGGCCCAGCCCAGCCCUGUGCAGCACCAGUUCUCCAUGCCUACCGUGCCCCCGCCGGAAGAGCUGCUUGGCCAUGAGGCCCUCAUUAACCAGUAUUUAAGGGACCCUAACCUCCAAGAGAAGUACCGAGUGGGGCUGAACCGAAUUGCUGCCCAGGAGGUGCCCAUUGAGAUCAAGCUGGUAAACCUACCCACUCUGAGCCAGCUGCAGAGCAUGGAGCCCAAACAGAUGUUCUGGGUGCGAGCCCGGGGCUACAUUGGGGAGGGCGACAUGAAGAUGCACUGCUGCGUGGCAGCCUAUAUCUCGGACUAUGCCUUCCUGGGCACAGCACUGCUGCCCCACCAGUGGCAGCACAAGGUGCACUUCAUGGUCUCCUUGGAUCACUCCAUGUGGUUCCACGCCCCUUUCCGAGCUGACCACUGGAUGCUCUAUGAGUGUGAGAGCCCCUGGGCCGGUGGCUCCCGGGGCCUAGUUCAUGGGCGGCUGUGGCGUCGGGACGGGGUCCUGGCUAUGUCCUGUGCCCAGGAGGGCGUGAUCCGAGUGAAGCCCCGGGACUCAAAGAGCAAGCUGUAGCCAGAGGUACCAGCUUGGUCUGGGGCUUCAAGGAUCUCCCUUCUCCCCCGACUCCUGAGGCAGGAGUUACCAUCCAGGGCUGGGCCUUUGGUCCUGAACAUGGAAUAAAGAGACUUAUACCAGUGGA